AUGGGGGGAGGGGCACACGACAUCACCGCAACGUCGGUAGACAGUGGGGCGAUCAUAUUCCCCACCUUUGCCACUCACAGUUGUUCGCACCCGCCAGGUAGGGAAACCUCCAGUAGGGAUACGAACGAGGCUAGUAAAAAUGAUAGUGAUGAUGGAGGCGGCAAUGGAAACAUGCAUGGGAGCAGCUUCUCCAGCGAAGAAAUGAAUGUGGCGGCUUACAUGUCGGAUGACAGCACAACCAACUCAGAGAAGGCAAACAACUGGACUGGCAACGGUCAGGAAUAUGAUCGUUCCAUUUGCUCGCGCGAUAACUCCAUUGCUGCGUUAGAAAGGUCCAUAAAUAGUUCGCUACAAAAGUUGACGCAAAUGAACGGCCCGCGUUGGCGCCAUCGACCCAGUGGGGCCAAUGUAAACGGUGUUCCUAUGCAAGGGAAACCACCCAGGGGGGUCCCAAUGGUACACACAAAUGGGGAGAAAAAAACCACCGAGUGUGAAAACCCCCCCUGCUGCAGUAAGAAAAACACACAAACGUACCAUCUGCAAAGAAAAAUAAACAGAAGGAAAAACAAAAAAGAAGAUAACCACCCAGCAUUGGAAGUACAGUCAGUUAUCCGAAAUAUGGAGAAGGCAAUAAAAAACGCAGAAAUGAUACAACGUAUGAAUAGAUCCGUUUUGCAACAAAACGGUGAUGAAGAAGCAACUGAGGGAGGGAACACAACAAGGCAUACACAAGUGCAGACGGCAACGCGGCGAUAUGACGCGGUUAACAAACUGAAGGAACGUCCAAACCGUAAGGGAAUCAACUCUACGGAAGGGCAAGCGGAAUGCCAUCCACGAGAAGAACAAAAUGAUCAAAGCAGCCAUCCCAGUAAUUACAACAUGCACGUCACCAUGGAAAAAAAAAACUGUAAAAUUGGGACGUCAUCAAUGGAAAAUAAUUUUAACGCUACAUGUGGGACGUUAAACAACACGAACUGGACACUUGCACACAAUCAAGUGCAACGCCUCGUUGAACGAGGUGAACUUUUCGAACCGUCCAUGAUGGCACUUCGACAGUUAUUCCUCACCAGUGCACAAUCGGCACACGAAUGGGACGACUACCACCGCGUGGGAAGUUACCCCACGCCGUUGCGUCAUGCACACGAUGGUUGUACCGUUUCGCGAAGAAGGGAAGAGGUGUAUACAAAGGGGCUCCUCCCCUCCUGGGGGGGCAGAAACUACAAUCACAUGGUACAAAAAAACGGGGUAGACCGAACUGACCAAAUGAGCACACAUUUGGAAAGAAUGGAGUUUCCUAUCGGAGGUCCCACCAAUGUUGCAUGUCCCCACUCGUACGCCAUGCAAGAAGAGGAAAAUAUUUUGUUUCGCUUAGUAAAUGGGAGAAGCCCCAAAGGAGGUGAAGUGGAAAACCUUCUAUAUCCAGUUGGUGCGAGCUCCUCCCAUGGGUUAGAUCGCAACUGGAGAGAAGACAUACACACACGGGGCACCAACUUUCGCAGCGACUUCUCACCGAAUGGACUACCCAAUCGAUUACAGCAGGAGCAAUUCUCAUCGCAACAUGGCUGCCUUUUAAAAAAAACGUUAAAUGGAGAAGGGGUAACAACACCACAUGAUGGUCACGCAGAUGUGGACAACAAGGAAAGGACAAGUGUUCAUUCGAAAAUGAAAAAAAUUUCAAGUAAGGAAAACAAAACAACGAAUGAAUUAGGCACCAUGAAUGGGUUAGGUACCAUGAACGGGUUAGGCACGAUUCACAAGUUGGUGGAGGACAUGCAAAAUGUACAGCUCGUUAUUAAAGAAUUAACCGGUAAAAUGGUCAGUGGUUUCCACAAAAAGGUGAGCAACCGUGGGGAUGCAAACACAACUGAACAGCCCCACUCCCAGGGGAAACCAAACAAAGAGCGCGCAACGCAUGAGGUAAAUGACUCAAAUGACAAUUUGUCCUCUGGCGACGUGGAAAAGUACGAAGAAAAAAUUGCCAACCUUGUGCAGGAACUAAUGAACACUAAACUGCUCUUGGCACAGAGUGAAACAAAACGGGAGGAGGACAUUAACGAGAUGAAUCGUCGGUGUGGCAGUUAA